AUGACAUGUUUCACCAUGACACUACGAGGCCAAUACACCGCCCGUCGCUUCCCAGAGAGCGCAAUGAUCCACCUCAUCAUAGAAUCAUCCAGCGAGUCCGAAGAAACCGUCUCUCGAGAAGUCAUCUCGACCUGCAACAGCCUCCGCAAAAUCCUAGAAGCCCUCUGUCUACGAGAAGAAAACGGAGCCGUAAAACCCGAAGCUGCAGUAUCGAGCAUCUCUGCCAGCCACAUCCACGUCGCAUCCAAGGACCCCAAUGCAAACAAUUCAACAAAAGACCCCAAAGAUAGACCCCUCGUGCACAACGCCACAAUCACAUUCUACGCCGUCUUCUGUGACUUUAACGAGAUGCACAAGUUCAUAUAUCGCAACGCGAGACUAAAUAAUGUUUCCUGGUACCUCACCGAUGCUACUAAUCACGAGGUCGGUGCGCAGGCGCGGAAGGGGGCUUUGCUCGAUGCUGUUAUGAAGUAA